AUGCAAUUGCAACGAAUACAAUCAACACAAAGAAUUCGAAAUAAUUCUGUACGUCGAUGUAUGAUUAUCAGUCUUAGUAUUCUAUGUAGUUUAUUGAUAAUCAGUACUUUUAUAACAUUAUUUGUUAUUUAUUUUAUUCGAUAUCGAACUACUUUAUCAUCUCUUUUAUCUUAUCCAAAUUUUGUCUGUCAUCAACGUCCAUGUGGUUGUCCAAAUAGUGAUAGUGUUGUAUCUUUUAUUCCAAAAAUAGUUGGUGGACAAGAUGCAUCACCAUAUAUUUAUCCAUGGCUGGUUACAUUAACUGAUCGAGAUCGAACAAAUCCAUUUUGUACAGGAUUUAUUAUAUCAUCAAAUACAAUUCUUACUGCUGCUCAUUGUUUAAAUAAUCGAAAUUUUUAUCAAUUACAAAUAUUAGCAAAAAUUCAUGAUUUUCGAGAAUUUCAAGGUGAUCGAUAUGAUAUAGAACAAUGGAUAAUUCAUCCAGAAUAUCGAAUGAAUGAUAGUAUGCAUCUUAAUGAUAUUGCUCUUAUUAAAAUACAAAAAUCUUUUUCAAAAGAUCUCCAUCCAUGUUGUCUACCUUCAAUAAAAUCGAAUGUAUAUCCUCAAGCAAAAACUGAAGCAAUUGUUAGUGGUUGGGGAAAAGUGUUAGCGAAACCAAAUAGUCGCAAUUCUCCAGUUCUUCAACAUGUUGUUAUGCCUAUUGUUGAUUAUAAAAAUCUCAAAUGUCAACAAUCGAUAGCCGAUACAAAUCGACAAAUAUGUGCUGGUUAUGAUAAUCUUUCAAUUGAUGCAUGUUCAGGUGAUAGUGGAGCACCAUUACUUAUAGUCGUACAUGAUGAUAAUAACAAUAAUGAAGGAUAUUUUGUUGCAGCAGGAAUUGUUAGUUAUGGAAAUAGACAAUGUGAUGCAUCAAUUUCAUCAGGUGUUUACACACGUAUAAGUUUUUAUCUUGACUGGAUUCAUGAAACAUUAACAUAUUUAUAA